CAAUAACAAUUGAUUAUUUUUAUAAAAGCCAACCUUCCCACCACUCUCAAUCAUUUCAAAAACCAUUCUCUCUACAAUCUCACAACUACAACAAUAUCGCCCUUAAUUACCUUUCACACUUGUGCCAUAACUUCCACACCUCAGAAACAGAAACUUGUAAGUUUCAAACAUGUCCAUUACAGGACUCCCAGAUACAUCGAAACUUUACAAGAAAUCGUUACAUCGCAGAAAUGAUUCUGAUGAGCUUGAUGUGUUUGAGGCAGCAAGGUAUUUCUCAGGAUAUAAUGAAGCAGCAGGAUAUAAUGGUGGAACAUAUACACAGAAAAUCCUGAGAGAUGAUUAUAGACAUCCUUGGAGAGGAGGAAGAAUGAGCUUAGACGUCCCAAUGAGAAAUCCACUGCCCCAGCAGACUCAUAGUCAUCAUCAUACAGUAGAAAAGCAAAUAUUGAAAGAAAAGAAAUACAAGCAACCAAGCUCACCAGGAGGUAGACUAGCUAGUUUUUUGAAUUCUCUUUUCAAUCAAACAAGCUCCAAAAAGAAGAAAUCAAAAUCCGCUACACAGUCAACGAAAGAUGAUGAUGAAAGUCCUGGUGGAAGAAGGAAAAGGAGGAGCAGUAUCAGUCAUUUCAGAAGCACAAGUACUGCUGAUACCAAAUCUUUAUAUUCUUCUUCAAGUUCUGGUUUUAGAACACCCCCUCCAUAUGCAAACACUCCUACAAAGAGCUACAAGGACCUCAGAAGCUACUCGGAUCACAAACAAGUAAUUUCAUUGUCGAUGCAAAAUGGGAAUGUGAAGUCCACAGGCUUACAGAAUGAGGUAUUGGACGAGAAAAAGAAGACAGACUUAUCUUGGUUGGAUGAGAAAUUUAAAAUCAGUGACGCAUUAUCUGAGAAAACCAAGAACCUUGGCAAUCAUCGAUAUUUAAAGAAAGACAGGAUUUGGGUUGAUCAGUAUCCAUCGGAAGAGAAAGGAUUUAGAAAGUUCAAUGAGGUAGAUGAUGGAGCUGACAGUGAUUCAAGUUCUGAUUUAUUUGAGUUGCAAAACUAUGACUUAGGCAUCUAUUCAAGUGGUCUGCCUGUGUAUGAGACAACAAAUAUGGAUAGCAUCAAAAAGGGAGCACCAAUUUCCAAUGGCACUCUCUGAAAGAAUGUACAUUUUUUCCCCUUUGUCGAUGGGUUCUUUGUUGUUUUGUUAUUACCAUUAGAAGAUGUGGAGAAGAAUAUUGAUGUCCUAGAUUUUGCAAUUUGUUUUUCCCUAUGGCUAUCUGCAUUCCAUUCUGUUUCUCUGUAUGUACAGUGUGUAAUGUUUCUUUGUCUUUCUUUUCUUUCUUUCUUUAUUUACUUUUUUCUCUUCUUUUUAUUCCUCAUGAGGCUGGAUUGCAAAAACAUUAGAAGUUUACAAUUGGAUA